AUGGAAACUAGGAACAUCAUAGCCACAGCCUCGUCUGAUCAGACGAGCCAAAUCAUCACCAGUGAUGACGCCGCUCUUUCAUCACCGCUGGCCAUCUUGGAUGCUGCUGAGGGAGAAGAGAUUGUUUACCUACGCGGAAUACGUUUUGUGACGCUAGCUGCCUUGAUCAGCAUUAUGGUUUUCAUAGUAAGCGUGGAAGCAAACGUCGCCGUUACAUCGUUUGUGACUAUCACGCGCGAUCUUGGCGGGUUUGAAACUAUCAGUUGGGUUCUAUCUGGUUAUCAGCUUGGAUUUGUUGCCUCCAUUGCCAUAUCUGCUAAACUGAGCGACAUAUUCGGUCGCAAGCCCAUCACUGCAGGCUUUCUGCUGAUAUUCACAGUCUUUUCGGCGGGUUGCGCUGCUGCCCAGACUAUGACUGCACUUAUUGUCGUCCGAGCAUUUCAGGGUCUAGGUGGCGGCGGUUGCUACACGUUGGCCUCGAUCCUUAUUGUUGACUCUGCCCCACCAGAGAAGUAUGCAGAAUACGUCACUGUGGCAGGUAUUGCUAUCGCUCUGGGGACCAUUCUGGGGCCAAUCAUUGGCGGAGCUAUCACCGAAAAUACAACUUGGCGAUGGAUAUUUUUGUUCAAUGUGCCUAUCGGCGCAUUAGCUCUUUUUCUAGUGUUACUUGGUAUGCCUAACGGCUUUCCCUACAAGCAGCGAGGUCGCCGCCAUAAAUCCAUCAGUGCCGUACUCAGAACACUUCGAGAUAAGUUAGAUAUUACAGGCUCAAUUUUGCUGCUAUUUGCAGUCUUGGCUUUCACAGCAUUUAUCCUGUCGAUUGCUUUGUUGGCCUGGGAGCGGCAUGUUACUUUGACUGACAAGGUGCGUGAGCCGGUACUGCCUUGGCGAUUCUUUACAAACCGUGUAAUGAUUGGUAUCCUACUUGUGAUGAUGCUUGUUGGCGCGCCCAUGGGUGUCACUACCUUCCAGCUUCCUCAGCGAUUUCAGCUCGUCAACGGACUUUCAAGUCUCGAUGCUGGAAUCCGACUACUGCCAUUUGGAGCCGUAUUUCCUGUUGGCUGCAUGGUAGGUACUAUCAUUGCAGGGAAAUUUAAAGUCCCGGCAAUUUACUUGAUAUUUGUCGGAUCGAUAUUCCAGAUAAUUGGCUAUGCACUACUCAGCACUUUGGGUACAUCUGCUUGUAUUGAAACGGCCGUAUAUGGCUAUCUCAUUAUAUGUGGCUUCGGUUGUGGUUUAACAUUUGCAAUGGCUUACAUCAUGGUUCCUUUUACGGUUGACCUAUGUGAUAAAGCGGUAGGAAUGGCUUCAGCUAACCAAUUCCGGGCGAUGGGAAGCGCUAUAGGGCUAGCUGUUGCUACGUCCGUUUUUAACGGGUACACCUUGUCUCAUUUUGCGGACUUGGGGAUUAACGGCUCCAUGACAGAUCUAAUCACUGGACAGUCAUCACUUCUUGAGUCUGUACGCGAAGACACUCGACGUAUUCUGUCUGAAGGCUACAACCGUCAGAUGCUUGUUCUAUGUGUGAUAUUGGCGGUGCAGAUACCAAUUGCUAUGCUGAUGUGGAAACGAAAACAAAUUGUAACCACGUAG